AUGCUGCUACUAAGGAAAAUUGCCCUCGUGUGCUUCGUUUGCCUAUUUUUUACGUCCUGUGGAUUGGCUUGCGGUCCCGGCAGAGGUUAUGGGAAGCGGAGACACCCGAAGAAGCUGACGCCGUUGGCAUAUAAGCAAUUUAUACCUAACGUUGCGGAGAAGACUCUGGGUGCCAGUGGUAAAUACGAGGGCAAGAUCACGAGGAAUUCAGAAAGAUUUAAGGAACUGAUCCCGAAUUACAAUCCUGAUAUUAUAUUUAAGGAUGAGGAGAACACAAAUGCUGACAGGCUCAUGACCCAGCGAUGUAAGGACAAACUGAAUUCUCUGGCCAUUUCGGUGAUGAAUCAGUGGCCAGGAGUGAAACUGCGAGUCACGGAAGGCUGGGACGAGGACGGACACCAUUUGGAGGAGUCUUUACACUACGAAGGACGGGCUGUAGAUAUAACGACCUCCGACAGAGACAAAAGCAAGUAUGGAAUGCUGUCAAGACUUGCUGUGGAGGCUGGAUUUGACUGGGUCUAUUACGAGUCAAAAGCCCACGUACAUUGCUCUGUCAAAGCAGAAAAUUCUGUGGCUGCUAAAUCAGGCGGGUGCUUUCCCGGAUCAAGUACAGUUCUCCUUGCAGAUGGUCGGACGAAGUUUAUCAAAGACCUCAAAGUGGGCGAUAAGGUGCUUGCUGCUGACGACGAGGGGAACAUAGCCUACAGCGACUUCAUCAUGUUUAUGGACCAAGAUCCAGAUACGAGAAGACAGUUUUAUGUGAUUGAAACAGCAGAACCCGAGAGAAAGAUUACACUCACGGCUGCGCACCUGGUCUUCGUUCGAAAUGCGUCAGAGGUCUUCGGCAUGACUGCAAAAUUCGCCAGCAACGUAAAGCCAGGCCAUGAAGUUUUCGUUUUAAAUGGAAAACAAGGGAAUCUGAAAACCGUCAAAGUGGAGAGGAUUUCCACGGUAGAAUAUGCAGGUUCAUAUGCACCGGUUACUGCACACGGAACAAUAGUAGUUGACCAAGUAUUGGCCUCGUGUUAUGCGGUGAUUGAAGAUCACAAAUUGGCGCAUUUGGCAUUUCUUCCCACCAGGUUAAGCUACGGACUAACGACAUGGUUUUUUCCAGAGAGAGAUUCAAAUACAACAUUUCGAGAGGACGGCCUCCACUGGUACUCAAAGAUGUUGUUCCAUAUAGGCUCUUGGGUACUGGACAGCGACAUUUUCCAUCCCCUGGGAAUUUCGAACUUGAGUUGA